UUCCGGGACACGUAAUCACAGCAGCGGUGAAGACGUCUCCAUCAGCUGCAGGAUCCGUGGCAUUCACUGGGAAUCGCACAUAUUCCCACAAACCAUGGAGACUUUGUACAGUAUCCCGUUCACCGUGCUGGAAUGUCCAAAUAUAAAGCUGAAGAAACCCUCCUGGCUCCACAUGCCGUCUGCUAUGACCGUCUACGCUGUGGUCAUUGUGUCAUAUUUUCUCAUCACUGGAGGUAUUAUUUAUGAUGUCAUUGUGGAGCCCCCCAGUGUGGGAUCUAUGACUGAUGAACAUGGACAUCAAAGGCCAGUCGCCUUUUUGGCAUACAGGGUAAAUGGACAGUACAUUAUGGAGGGGUUGGCCUCCAGUUUCCUCUUUACAAUGGGAGGACUGGGUUUCAUAAUCCUGGAUAGAUCCAAUGCUCCAAACAUUCCCAAACUCAACCGCUUCCUGUUGCUGUUUAUUGGUUUUGUGAGCGUGCUUCUCAGUUUCUUCAUGGCCAGAGUGUUCAUGCGUAUGAAGCUGCCAGGAUACCUGAUGGGGUAGAGUUUCCCACUACCAGACAAUGAAGACAACAAAAAAUCUGAAUUGAUAACACUGCACUUGGUAGAUUUGGACAUAAGGCACUGAUAUUGUGAACAGGACUUUUGCCAAAGUACCUAAUGAUUACACACGUACAUCUCUUAAAAUGAGCUCUGUGAAUAAUGUUUGAACCGAGCUAAUUGACCUCUGUUUGGGCCUGUUUGUAGGUCCGUUUGAAAUGCAGUCUACACAUUAUUUGUAUCACUUUAUCUGAAUUUGUCCAUUUUUGUAUGAGUUGAAUUAAAUCUGGUUUUCACA